AUGCUCUUAAACAACACAAAUAUAGAAAUUACUCUUCAAAAAGAAAUCAGUGAAUCCCUUAAAACUAUUAAUCAAACUGAUAAUAUUAAUCAAAUACUCAAAGUCAAUGUCAACGAAUCUUUAACAUAUAUUACACGACCCAUCACACCAAUCAAUCAACCAAAUUCAAAAACCAAUCCCAAAACACCAAGAACUCCACCAACAUCCAGCAAAAUUCAACCAACUUGGAAAAAGAAUUCACCAUUCGUUCAAAAUAAUAAUAAUGAAAACAACGAAUUCAACUUAGAAAUACAAACACUACUUCCAAAAUUCAGUUCCUAUACAGAAUUUGAACACAAUAAUAACCAACAAACAUUUCACUUUACUGAAAAAGAACACCCUCUCGAUCCAGAAUUUAAUGAAGAAAUCAUUACAGUGCUUUCAUCUGAAAAAUAUGCUCACAACAAUCACUCAAGCGAUUCGCUAAAAUCGAGAUACUAUGCAUUUAUCCCAGAAAACCAACUCAAUCAAGAAACCACAGGCCAAAAACGCAAAUGGAUAAUGAAUACUAUAUCCAAUAAUUCAAAUUUUCUAGGUCUCUUUAAUCCAAAUCCCAAAUCCUUUAACAAUUUCAGACUCGAGUUCAAUAGUAUAAAUGCUCGAGAUGAUGCAAUUAAUACAUUCACCAACCUUGGAGUCGACACAAUAAACACAAUCGCAAUUCCAACAAUCAAAUCAACUAAUACUACAAAUGAACCAAUUAUCAGAAAUGGAGUGAUUAUUCUGGAUAUUCCCACAAAUAUGAAUGAAACAACAGUCAAAUUAGCUUGCAACACAAUCAGCACCGUAAAAGACUUCAAAUACACAGAAAAAGAUGAAUGGAAGACAGCACAAGUGUCAUUUAUUGAAUCAGAUGAAGACUUAAACUUAGAAAACACAUGA